GGCGCCCGAACAGUCAGAGCCAUGGACGGCAGCGGACCCUUCAGCUGCCCCAUCUGCCUGGAGCCGCUCCGGGAGCCGGUGACACUGCCUUGCGGCCACAACUUCUGCCUCGCCUGCCUGGGCGCGCUCUGGCCGCACCGCGGCGCGGGAGGCACCGGCGGCCCGGGAAGCGCGGCCCGCUGCCCGCUCUGCCAGGAGCCCUUCCCCGACGGCCUGCAGCUCCGAAAGAAUCACACGCUGUCCGAGCUGCUGCAGCUCCGCCAGGGCUCGGGCCCUGGGUCAGGGCCCGGGCCCGGCCCCGGGACGGCCUCGGCACCGGCCCCGAUCCCUAGCCCAGAACCUUCCGCGCCCAGCGCGCCGCCCAGCGCCCCGGAGCCGUCGGCCCCCAGUGCGCCCGAGCCCUGGCCCGAGGGCGAAGAGCCGGUGCGCUGCGACGCGUGCCCCGAGGGCGCGGCCCUACCCGCCGCACUCUCCUGCCUCUCGUGCCUCGCCUCCUUCUGCCCCGCGCACCUAGGCCCCCACGAGCGCAGCCCGGCGCUCCGCGGCCACCGCCUUGUGCCCCCGCUGCGGCGGCUGGAGGAGAGCCUGUGCCCGCGCCACCUGCGGCCGCUGGAGCGCUACUGCCGCGCCGAGCGCGUGUGCCUGUGCGAGGCCUGCGCCGCCCAGGAGCAUCGCGGCCACGAGCUCGUGUCGCUGGAGCAGGAGCGUGAGCUCCAGGAGACUGAGCAGCCCAAAGUCCUGAGUGCGGUGGAGGAGCGCAUGGAUGAGCUGGGCGCCAGCAUCGCACAAUCCCGGCGUACUGUGGCCCUCAUUAAGAGCGCAGCCUUGGCGGAGCGGGAGAGGGUAAGCCAGCUGUUUGCAGAGGCCAUGGCUGCCCUGCAAGGCUUCCAGACCCAGGUACUGGCCUUCAUCGAGGAGGGAGAGGCCACCAUGCUGGGCCGCUCCCAGGGGGACCUGCGGCGACAGGAGGAACAGCGCAGUCGCCUGAGCCGAGCCCGCCACAACCUCGGCCAGGUCCCUGAGGCUGACUCAGUCAGCUUCCUACAGGAGCUGCUGGCUCUCAAGCUGGCCCUGGAAGAGGGGUGUGGCCCGGGGCCUGGGCUCCCCACAGAACUCAGCUUCACCAAGUCCUCCCAAGCUGUCCGCACGGUGAGGGAUGUGCUGUUGGCAGCCUGUACUGGCCAGUGGGGGCAGCUGCAGGGGCUGGGCACUGACGAAGACGGGCUGCAGAAGCUGGGCUCCGAAGCCGAUGCCGAAUCCCAGGAUCCUGACAGCACCAACCUCCUGGAAAGUGAAGCCCCCAGGGACUACUUCCUCAAGUUCGCCUACAUUGUGGACCUGGACAGUGACACAGCCGACAAGUUCUUGCAGCUGUUUGGGACCAAAGGAGUCAAGAGGGUGCUGUGUCCCAUCAAUUACCCAGAGUCGCCAACCCGUUUCACCCACUGCGAGCAGGUGCUAGGCGAAGGCGCCCUGGACCGGGGCACCUACUACUGGGAGGUGGAGAUCAUUGAGGGCUGGGUCAGCGUUGGGGUCAUGGCUGAAGGCUUCUCCCCGCAAGAGCCCUAUGACCGGGGCCGCCUGGGCCGCAAUGCCCACUCGUGCUGCCUGCAGUGGAACGGGCGCAGCUUUUCCGUGUGGUUCCAUGGGCUGGAGGCGCCCCUGCCCCACCCUUUCUCGCCCACCGUGGGCGUCUGCUUGGAGUAUGCCGACCGUGCCCUGGCCUUCUACGCCGUGCGGGAUGGCAAGGUGAGCCUGCUGCGGAGGCUCAAGGCCUCACGGCCCCGCCGCAGCGGUGCCCUGGCCUCGCCCUCCGACGCCUUCCAGAGCCGCCUGGACAGCCACUUUGCCAGCCUCUUCAGCCACAGGCUCAAGCCCGCCUUCUUCCUGGAGAGCGUGGAUGCUCACCUGCAGAUCGGGCCCCUUAAGAAAUCGUGCAUUUCCGUGCUCAAGAGGAGGUGAUGCAGGAAGCAGCGUGGCCACCACCCUCCCCUUCCCCAGCUUCCUCGCUGCUGCAGAGCCCCACCUUUCACACACCUGGUGUUUCAGCACAGAGGG